AUGGCAAAACGCGAGGUCAGAUGCGACAUCAUCCCAGGCGACCCUAGAAUGUGGGAGUCCCACGGAAGGUUUUGCCUACUUGAUUUCUACUUGCACCCAAACGAAGAGGUAGUCAUCCCUCAAGCAGGCACGGACUUGUGCGUCAGGGGCAGUGGGAAGCUGCGCGCAGGGGUAAGUGGGGAUGGAGACCGGAGAACUACCAAACAAGGUGGAAAGGGCAGUGUUUGGUGCGUAGGGGAAAUGUGGGGCUUGGUGGAAGAAGGGUGGGAUGAAAAGGAAAGGAUUGGAAGCCAAGUAGAUGUAGGAUGA